GAGCCGGCUGUAGCGUGGCGGCUCCUGGCUUUGGUCUACCCGGCCCAUCGGCUCGCGCUUCCCUCUCUGCGCUAUGGCCAAGGCCGCCAAUGUAGUGAGGGUGCUUCUGGGCGCCACGGUGCUUUGGAUCGCGCUGCCCUGCUGCCGGACGGCCUCCGCGUCCAAGGCAGUGACGGCCCACUUGGCCGCGAAGUGGCCCGGGACCCCGCUGCUGCUGGAGGCCAGUGAAUUUAUGGCAGAAGAAAGUAAUGAAAAAUUUUGGCAGUUUUUGGACACUGUAAAAGAAUUAGCAAUUUAUAAGCAAACAGAAUCAGAGUAUUCUUAUUAUAACUUAAUCCUGAAGAAAGCUGGACAAUUCUUAGACAAUUUACAAAUCAAUCUCUUAAAGUUUGCUCUCUCUAUAAGGGCAUACUCUCCAACUAUUCAGAUGUUUCAACAGAUUGCAGCUGAUGAGCCACCACCACCAGAUGGUUGUGAUGCAUUUGUGGUUAUCCAUAAAAAACACACCUGUAAAAUUAAUGAGAUUAAAAAGCUGCUGAAGAAGGCCACUUCAAGGCCCAGACCUUAUCUUUUUAAAGGAGACCAUAAAUUUCCUACAAACAAAGAGAACUUACCAGUGGUAAUUCUCUAUGCAGAAAUGGGUACCAGAGUAUUUGGUAAAUUUCACACAGUAUUGUCUGAAAAAGCUCACAUUGGAGAAAUUCUGUAUGUUCUUCGCCAUUAUAUUCAGAAACCAGCCUCAGAGAAAAUGUACUUAUCUGGCUACGGUGUGGAGCUAGCAAUUAAGAGUACGGAAUACAAAGCAUUGGAUGAUACCCAAAUUAAAACCAUAACUAAUAGUACUGUAGAAGAUGAGACUGAAACAAAUGAAGUUCAAGGAUUUCUCUUUGGGAAACUAAAAGAAAGAUACUCAGAUCUUAGAGAUAAUCUGACAGCAUUCCAAAAAUACCUGAUUGAGAGUAACAAAGAAAUGAUGCCUUUGAAAGUCUGGGAACUACAAGAUCUUAGUUUUCAAGCAGCUUCUCAAAUAAUGUCCACUCCAGUUUAUGAUGCCAUAAAGUUAAUGAAAGACAUCUCACAGAACUUCCCCAUAAAAGCCAGAUCUCUGACCAGAAUUGCUGUAAAUCAACAUCUGAGGAAGGAAAUACAGGAAAAUCAAAAGGAUCUUCACAAUAGGUUUGAAAUUCAGCCAGGUGAUGCUUGUCUAUAUAUAAAUGGACUUCGUGUUGAUAUGGACGAUUAUGAUCCUUUUAGUAUUUUGGAUAUGCUGAAACUAGAAGGAAAAAUGAUGAAUGGCCUUCGCAAUCUUGGGAUCAACAGAGAAGAUAUGAGCAAAUUUUUAAAAUUAAAUGCGCAUGUUUGGGAAAAUAGUUAUGUUUUAGAUAUUAGGCACUCUUCAAUAAUGUGGAUUAAUGACUUAGAAAGUGAUGAUUUGUAUGUUAUGUGGCCUACAAGUUGCCAGGAACUUCUGAAACCAGUAUUACCUGGAAGUAUACCUUCCAUAAGGCGUAAUUUUCAUAAUUUGGUUCUGUUUAUUGAUCCUGCUCAAGAAUAUACUGUGGAUUUUAUAGAACUUGCUGAACUUUUCUAUUAUCAUAAAAUUCCUCUUAGAAUUGGUUUUGUGUUCAUUGUUAAUACAGAUGAUGAAGUUGAUGGAACCAAUGAUGCUGGAGUUGCUCUUUGGCGAGCUUUCAACUAUAUUGCAGAAGAAUAUGAUGUUUCACAAGCAUUUAUUUCCAUGGCAUAUAUGUACCAAAAAGUGAAGACUCAAAAUACACUCACUGUGGAUAAUGUGAAGAGUGUUCUCCAAAAUGAAUUUCCUCACGUUAAUAUAUGGGAUAUUUUGGGAAUUCAUUCUAGAUAUGAUAAUGAAAGAAAGGCAGGAGCAAAUUUUUAUAAGAUGAGUGGCCUGGGUCCUUUGCCUCAAGCUCUUUAUAAUGGUGAAUCCUUUGAUGUUGAAGAUGUGACUAUUAAAGAACUAGAAAUGGCUGUGCUUCAAAAAAUGAUGGACAUGACCAUAUAUUUACAAGAGGAAGUUUUUAUGGGCACAUUAAAUGAUCGAACAAAUGCAGUUGAUUUCCUUAUGGAUAAAAAUAAUGUUAUACCCCAUAUAAAUCCUUUGAUUUUUCACGCUGAAUGGCAGUACCUUAAUUUAAUAUCUACAUCAGUGACUGCCGAUGUUGAAGAUUUCUCUACUUUCUUUUUCUUGGAUUCACAAGAUAAGAGUGCUGUGAUUGCAGACAACAUGCAUUAUUUAACCCAAGAAGAUGACAAUGUAAUUUCCUCAGUAACUCUCUGGAUUAUUGCUGAUUUUGACCAGCCAUCUGGGAGAAAACUGCUUUUGAACGCAUUAAAGCACAUGAAAACAAGUUUUCGUAGUCGGUUGGGAGUUAUUUAUAAUCCUACAUCAAAAAUAAAUGAAGAGAACACAGCUAUUUCUAGAGGAAUUUUGGCAGCUUUUCUUACACAGAAAAACAGCUCUUUGAGAAACUUUCUCAGUACACUGGCAAAGGAAGAAACUGCUACAGCUAUUUACUCUGGAGAUAAAAUUAAAACAUUCCUUACUAAGGGGAUGGAUAAGAAUGCUUUUGAGAAGAAAUAUAAUACUGUUGGAGUGAAUAUUUUUCUAACUCACCAGAUGUUCUGUCAAGAUGUACUUAAAUUGCAUCCUGGAGAAAUCGGUAUUGUCAGCAAUGGGAAAUUUUUAGGACCUUUAGAUGAAAAUUUCUAUGCAGAAGAUUUCUACAUUUUGGAAAAGAUAACAUUUACUGAUUUAGUAGAAGAAAUUGAAGACAUUGUUGAAAAUAUGGCAAUCAACUCAAAGGACAUGAGUGACCUUGUUAUGAAAGUUGAUGCCCUUGUUUCCUCUUUGCCUAAACGUGGAACGCGGUAUGAUGUCACAUUUCUUAAAGAGAAUCAUAGCAUUAUAAAGAUAAAUCCUCAAGAGAAUGAUAUGUUCUUUGAUGUUAUUGCUAUUGUUGAUCCAUUGACAAGAGAAGCACAAAAGAUGGCACAGCUAUUGAUUGGUCUGCAGUUUACUCUCGGCACAAAAAAUCAACCUGUUGCAGUUGAUACAAUAGUGAUGGCCAAUCUUGGAUAUUUUCAAUUAAAAGCAAACCCAGGUGCUUGGAUACUGAAAUUACGCCAAGGAAAAUCUGAAGAUAUUUAUCAAAUAGUUGGGCAUGAAGGAACUGACUCUGAUCCAGACCUAGGAGAUGUCACUGUUGUGAUCAACAGCUUCAGAAGCAAAAUACUGGAAAUACAAGUGCAGAAAAAGCCAGACAAAAUUAAAGAAGAUAGCCUUAAUGACAAAGGUGAAAAAAAGGGACUGUGGGAUUCCAUUAGAAGUUUCACAAGAAGUUUGCAUAAAGAAAAAGACAAGGAUACAGACAUUCUGAAUAUUUUUUCAGUUGCUUCUGGCCAUUUAUAUGAACGCUUUUUAAGAAUCAUGAUGCUCUCUGUGUUACAUAACACCAAAACACCAGUGAAAUUCUGGUUCCUAAAAAAUUAUCUCUCACCAACAUUUAAAGAGGUAAUUCCCCACAUGGCUAAGGAAUAUGGAUUCCAAUAUGAACUAGUCCAAUAUAGGUGGCCCCGUUGGCUUCACCAGCAGACUGAAAAACAAAGGAUUAUUUGGGGUUACAAAAUUCUUUUCCUUGAUGUCCUUUUUCCUCUAGCAGUGGACAAAAUCAUUUUUGUUGAUGCUGACCAGGUUGUGAGACAUGAUCUGAAAGACCUUCGAGAUUUCGAUCUGGGUGGCGCUCCUUAUGGAUAUACUCCGUUCUGUGAUAGCCGCACUGAAAUGGAUGGCUAUCGCUUCUGGAAGACAGGGUAUUGGGCAUCGCAUCUUUUAAAAAGGAAAUACCAUAUCAGCGCCUUAUACGUGGUGGAUCUCAAGAAGUUCAGGAGAAUCGCAGCAGGCGACAGGCUCCGGGGUCAGUACCAAACUCUCAGUCAAGAUCCAAACAGCCUUUCCAACCUGGAUCAGGAUCUGCCUAAUAAUAUGAUUCACCAAGUUGCCAUUAAGUCUCUUCCUCAAGACUGGCUGUGGUGUGAAACCUGGUGUGAUGAUGAAUCCAAACAAAGAGCCAAAACAAUCGACCUGUGGUUUCGUACUCACCCAAGUACAGAUCUCAAUGGGUGUCCUAUCAAACCCAAACUAAAAGCUGCUGCCAGGAUUGUCCCAGAAUGGGUGGAAUAUGAUACUGAGAUACGACAACUGUUAGAGCACCUUGAAAACAAGAAGAAAAAUGCAAUUUUGACACAUGAUGAACUCUAGCACUGGACUUUAUAAGAAGAUAAAAAUGACAAGAAAUCUGCCACCUGCUGGGGAAGUGUGGAACUACUACUAAGACUUUUGGAAGUUUCAUUCAAGAUCAGUGGAAUAUUCUUCAAUUUAAAAAAUAUUAUUUAAAAAUACAUGUACCUAAUGUAUUGAAUGAGUUUAAGUUAUAUAAUAAAUGACCACUGAGUAUUUAAAACUAGAUUUUUCAUUUUUCCUGAUAGCUUAAAACACUGGGUUUUCACCAGUGAAAGAUAUUUUGCCAGGAAACCCAAAAGGAGAACAUAUCUUUGUGUAUUCCACCUCUGUGUGCAUCCACAUUUUCUUAUUCACAAAAUGCAUUUAAAAUUAGAGAAGUGUAUUUUGUUGUUUCUUCUGA